AUGAGAUCCCUGAUAAGUUACAUACGUCUUUUACAGAGUGUAAAUUACGGAGAGAAAUGGCGUCAAUUCAACGAUUGGUUGCCAUGGAAUCGAUUACCUCCAGCACCUAGAGUCAUUCAUCUCAAUGAUGAAGAAACAAAUCAAAGAAAGGAAAACAAAUUUUGCGAUAAUUCAGUUUCGACUGCCAAAUAUAAUCUUGUUACAUUUGUUCCAAAAAACCUUUUGGAACAGUUCAAAAGAGUGGCCAACAUUUACUUUUUACUGAUUGCCUUGCUGCAAUUAGCUACACCUUUUUCUCCAACUGGAAGAUAUAGUACAGCCAUUCCGCUUGUAAUUGUUAUUAUCAUUCAAAUGAUAAAAGACGGCUAUGAAGAUAUCAAGCGUCACCUUUCCGACAAUGAAGUUAACAACAGAAAUAUCUCAAUUUUGAGAAAUGGACAAGUGAUGGAAGUUGCAUGGAAACAAGUACGAGUUGGAGACAUUGUAAAAGUGAAUCAAGAUGAAUCAUUUCCUGCGGAUUUAAUUGGCAUAUCGAGCAGUGAACAUCAGGGAAUUUGUUACAUAGAAACGUCACAACUUGAUGGUGAAACUAACUUAAAAAUUAAGAGAUGUGUUCAUCCAACAUCCGCGCUCACCGAUCCUAACGCACUUCUUAAACUUCGUGGAGUGGUAAAUUGCGAGCAACCUAACAACAAGCUUUACAACUUCACUGGAAACAUUAAGAUAGAUCCUGAUCCAAAACCUAUUGCCUUAGAUGUGGAAAAUAUUCUACUACGAGGAGCCAUUUUGAAAAAUACCAAGCAUAUUUAUGGAUUGGUUGUAUUUACAGGAAAGCACUCAAAGUUAAUGAUGAAUUCUAGAAAUCCACCUUCUAAACGAUCCAAGGUUGAAAAGAUUACCAACAGAAUGAUUUUACUCUUGUUCGUGGCUCAAUUAUUGCUGGCUCUCUUUUCUGCUGUUGCGCUUUCAAUUUGGCAAACCAAACAAAACCCAAGUAACCAACAUUGGUACUUUAGAGAUUUAACCUCAGCUGCUUCACAAUUCUUCGGAGCUUUACUUACAUUUUUCAUUCUCUAUAACAAUUGUAUUCCUAUCUCUCUUUAUGUGACAUUGGAAACAGUGAAGGUUUUGCAGGCUCGAUUGUUCCUUGAUAACGACAUUAAAAUGUGCUACUAUGACAAGCAAAAUGACAUGCACAUUCCUGCCCUAGCAAAGACGUCAAGCUUGAAUGAGGAAUUGGGUCAAGUGGAAUAUAUAUUUUCUGACAAAACGGGUACUCUGACUCAGAACGUUAUGGAGUUUUUAAAAUUCUCUGUGUCAGGUGUUGAGUAUGGAAGAGGAUCAACAGAAAUUGGAAGAGCAGCCGCAAAGAGAAGAGGGGAGCAUGUAGAAGAGGACCUACCAGUUCCAUCAGAGGACGGCUUUCAAUUUGUUGACGAGAGAAUUAUGAACAACAAUUGGAGAAAGGAGCAGAAUGCUACCAACAUCCAAGAAUUAUUAACACUGCUUGCUGUUUGUCACACUGUCAUCCCUGAAGUUGACAAAUCAAAACCAAACUCAAUUGAGUAUCAGGCUUCAUCUCCUGACGAAGCUGCUCUCGUAAAAGCUGCUAUGCAUCUAGGCUUUGUAUUUAAGGAAAGAACACCAAAACAAGCAUCUAUUGAGGUUUCAGGAGUUCGUCAAACAUUUGACGUGCUCAAUAUUUUGGAAUUUAACUCUACAAGAAAGAGAAUGUCAGUCAUUGUUCGUACACCUGACAAUAAGAUUGUUCUCUACACCAAAGGUGCCGAUAAUGUCAUUUAUGAAAGAUUGAAGCCCAGACAACCUUUCCUCGAGGAAACAAGAAAAAUACUUGAAAAACAUGCUGCUGAAGGUUUGAGAACAUUGGUGUGUGCCAAAGCGGAGCUUGACCCUGUUGAAUAUGAACGAUGGAAUACUGAGGUUUUCGAACCAGCAGAGCUUGAUCUAAAAGACAAAAAGCAAAAACUGGCAGAUGCUGCUGAAGUUAUUGAAAAGAAUUUGGAAGUGGUCGGUACUACAGCAAUUGAGGACAAGUUGCAAGAUGAAGUUCCAGACACUAUCGCAACAUUGGCCAAGGCCAACAUCAAGAUUUGGGUCCUCACUGGUGAUAAACAAGAAACAGCCAUCAACAUUGGUUACGCAUGCGCUCUCUUGGACAAUAACAUGAGUAUUAUGAUUAUUAACGCUGAGAAUAGAUCUUCACUAAAAACCCAAAUCAGAAUGAAACUAAAGAAUGCCAUGGAAGGAAAAGAGGGGUCCAUUCUUGGGCUGGUUGUGGAUGGAUCUGCUUUGGAUAUCAUUCUAGAAAGAAAAAAGAAAAAGAAGCAAAAGAAAAAAAAGCAUAGCCAAAAUGAAAAGAAAGAAAUUAAGAUUUUGGACGAUCUUGAAAAUCAUGAUGAUGAAUCUGAUGAUGGCCAAACUAAUCAUGCAGCUGAAAAGGAUAUUUCUCAUCUACAAGAUGAUGCAGACGAUCCAAAUGAAGAACCAUUGAGAUAUACAUUUUUGAGAUUGUGCAUGAUGUGCAAGUCUGUGAUUUGCUGCAGAGUGUCACCUCUCCAAAAAUCCUUAAUUGUGAAACUUGUUAAAGACAAUUUACCAGGAGCUGUUACUCUUGCAAUUGGAGAUGGUGCAAACGAUGUUUCCAUGAUUCAAGCUGCACAUAUUGGUGUGGGUAUUAGCGGAAAGGAGGGCUUACAAGCUGCAAGAGCUGCUGACUAUGCCAUUGCUCAAUUCAAAUAUUUGAAGAGACUCUUGUUGAUUCACGGUCGAUUGAAUUACAGAAGAAUUGGAAAAACUAUUGUCUACUCUUUCUAUAAGAACUUGACACUUCAGUUGACACAAUUCUACUUUAUCUUUUACAAUGCAUUUACAGGAACUUCUCUCUAUGAAAACUUCUCUCUCUCCACUUUCAACUUGAUUUUCACAUCUCUACCAAUCAUUUUCUUUGCAAUGUUUGACCGUGAUGUGAAUGAUGAUCACGCUAUUAGCUUCCCUGAAUUGUAUACUUAUGGCCAAAAAGAUUACUAUUUUAAUAUUCCUAGAUUACUUAUGUGGAUUUUGAAUGCGAUCUGGCACUCAAUUUGUUGCUUCUUCAUUCCAAUGGGAGCUUUUGCUUUCAUGACCGGAGCAACUCAUGAUGGCCGAAUGGCCUCUCUUGAGGAAAUUGGUAUUUUAAUUUACACUUGUAUCAUCUUGUUGGUCAACUCCAAACUAGCUUUAGAGACUUCUACUUGGAAUGUGUUCAACAGCAUUGUGUUGUGGGGAAGUGUUGCUGUUUGGUUUUUAUGGACAAUUGUUUACUCCUUCUUCUAUUGGAUUGUACCUCCAGCAAACUUUUUCCCAUUCUCAACCCUCAAAAAUCUUGGAGUGAAAUAUUAUUUCAACUUUUACACAGCUGCAGGAAAUCCUUUGUUUUGGGCUACUUUACUGUUAGUCAUGGUUGUUGCUCUAGGAAGAGACGUUGCUUGGAAGAGCGCUGUGAGAAUUCUUCCUUGGACAAAGCAACUCUAUCACAUCUUGCAACCAUUCAGCAAAGUUGGACAAAUGGCUCCUAGAGAGGAAGUGGAACAUGAAUUUGAUUUCAGCAAGUUGCAACCACCACAUAGAAAACCAUACGACAAGUUCAAUCGUAUUGGUAUUUAUAUUACUCCAGGAGCUCCUAUUGAAGAAAUUGAGAAGUAUGAACCUCGUGCUCUUGAACGAAAGAAGACUCUCACAAGUACACAAUUCGGUACAGGUUAUGCCUUCUCUCAACGUGAAAAUGAAAAGGAUCUUAUUGAGGAAAUUUAUUCACCAGCGAAUAGAGUUGGCUUAAUUGAGUUACACACGUUGGAUGAACUUGAUGUGAAACGGCCUGAAUUGGUUGAGGAAGAGGUCACUGCAAGUCCUUCAAAACGUCAAAUGAAGAAGGAAAUGAAAUCCAAAUUGACAUCUUCUGCAUCAUCAAGCUCUAAGAAAAAGAAGAAUAAGGAAGAAGAAAUUGAGGAUUACCUUGACGAUGAAAUCAUUACCUCGUACAAGGAAGAUGAAUAA